CUAGUAAAGAAAUACUAAAAAUGGACCCUAGGGAAACCCAUCAUGACUCUCACGGAGACUGUGACCAUGAAAGAGAAAGCAUCAUUAAGGAAGACAGGAAGGACUACUUCUGUGUAGAUGUCCCAGAGCUUACUGAUGAAGAAAACAAAGCUAAUGAGAAGUUUCUAAAAAUUAGAGAUGAGUUAUUGUCAGAUGGAAAGCUUCCUUUCCUGGAUGAGUAUUAUGACAGCCUACCUGUGAUCUCACAGAGUAAGUUAUAUGAGAAAUUGCAGAAAAUGCCAAAAGGAGGACACCUACAUCUUCACCUGACUGCUUCUUGCAAGAUAGAUUUCUUAAUGGAACUAUCCAAGGAAGAUUGUGUAUACUAUAACGAAAAAGAAAACAAAUUCAAAAUCUUUGUGGAUCUUGAACCAGAAGAAGGGUACAUCAAAUCCUCAGAAAUGAGAGAAAACUGGAAUAAAGAAGGUACCUUCGAUGAAUUUAUAAGAUCGAAAAUCUUAUUAAACGAAAAAGAUUUGAGCUCAAAACAUAGCAGCACAAUAUGGAGUAACUUUCAGUGGAAAUUUGAUCUCACCUUCGACCUGUAUAACUAUGAGAAGUUUAUGGAGAAGAUCAUCCUGCAAGUAAUGCUUGAUUCCAUCAAUGAAAAAGUCUUCGUUCUAGAGUUUAGACACAUUUUUGGAUGCGUAUUCAAUGAUAAACACGUUGUAGUCAGCCUGCAAGAUGAAAUAGCAAUGUUUGAAAGAUGCCUAGAAAAGGCAAGAGAGGUUGAGCCCUCCUUCUCUUGCAGACUUAUAUCCUGUGGACUUAAGAUAGUUGGGGAUGGCCAUAUCAACACUCAACUUGAAUGUUGCCUGCAAGGAAUGAAAGAAACUAAUAUCAUUGCUGGAUAUGAUCUAGUCUGUGAGGAAGAUAUUACACCUCCACUUACAAAGUACAAGAAAUUAAUUCAAGCAGCUCAAGAAAAUUCUGAGACCCCUCUGAACAUAUACUUACACGCUGGUGAAACAUGCUGAAGAGACAAUGAAAACUUAUACGAUGCUAUCCAAAUGGGAACUAAGAGAAUUGGUCAUGGAUUCGCUAUUUUGAAUCACCCACAUUUGAUAGAUAUUGCUAGAGAGAAACAAAUUUGCUUAGAAGUAUGUCCAGUCAGCAAUUUGAUUCUUGGAUACACAUUUGAUUUAAGAUGGCAUCCAGCAAAGUCCCUGAUGCAUAGAGGAGUUCCCAUUACAAUCUCAGCAGAUGACCCAGGAUUCUGGAAUACAUACGGAGUAUCUUUAGACUAUUGCUAUGCAUCUCUUGCAUGGGAUCUGAACCUCAGGGAACUUAAACAGUUAGCCAUUAACGGAAUCAAGCAUGCUGCACUCACAGACUGUGAGAAAGAGAAGCAAAGAGAGAAAUUUGAUGAAGAGUGGAGCAAGUGGAUUGAACAUAUGAACACAGAAGACUAAACACAAUGAAUUCGGACAUCUAAAUUCUUCAUAGCAUAUAAAG